ACGUCGCUGUCCGUCAGAAGAAGCCAAUGAGAACAGUUGCGGUACUCGGAGGAGGGAUUGGGGGUUUGGCUGCAUCUUACUACCUGUGCAAGAACCCCCAGGUCACAAAGGUGAUUGUUUUGGAGUCCAGCAGUCGUUUUGGAGGUUGGCUGUGGUCCACCAGGAGGUCCGAUGGGGCGGUGUUUGAACAUGGACCCAGGGGAAUUCGACCUGCUGGGGCAGUGGGACGCAACACACUCAAUAUGGUGGAUGAUCUGGGUCUUGGCGGGGAGAUUCUGCCAGUCACCUACAGCCACGUCGCCUCCAAGAACAGAUAUCUGUACGUGAAAGGACAGCUUCACAGGAUGCCUUCAGGAAUAAGUGGCCUUGUGCGGACAGUCCCACCCUUCUCUCGCCCAAUCCUCCUGAGUGUUGCUUCUGAGAUACUGGUGAAAAAAGGCAAAGAGGACGACGAGUCCAUCCACUCAUUUGUUUCUCGGAGGCUUGGAAAAGAGUUGGCAGAUAUAGCUGUGGACAGUUUGUGUCGUGGUGUGUUUGCAGGGGAUUGUAGACAGUUGAGCGUUCGCUCCUGCUUUCCUCCUCUCUACAAGGCAGAGCAGCGCAGAGGUUCUCUGAUACUUGGAAUGCUGCUGGGCUCAGGUCCGACUCCGGUGGUCUCUCCUGGCCCUCUGGCUCAGAGAUCCAUAAACGAGUCGUGGGCCCAGUGGUCUCUGAGGAGGGGAGUGGAAUCCCUCCCAGAGUCUAUCGCUGACUACCUACAACAGAGCGGGAAAGUGGAGCUUCACAAAGAGGCAGCUGUUAAACAGAUUCGUCCUUCAGCGUCUGGUUGGCAGGUUCAUUUGGAGGAUGGAGUCGUAUCAGCUGACCACGUCAUCUCUGCACUGCCUGCUAAAGCCCUUUCCUCAGUCCUGCCUCCGUCCUGUCAGCCGCUCAUCCAGCAGCUGCAGGACGUUUCCUCGGUGACUGUUGCUGUGAUAAAUCUGGAGUACGAGGGUUCCGUCCUGCCUGUCAUGGGUUUUGGUCAUCUUGUUCCUUCGUCAGAGGAUCGGGGUUUACUGGGAGUGGUCUACGACUCUGUCCCCUUCCCUCAACACAACAGACCUGACGGACAAACAACUAGACUGACGGUGAUGAUGGGUGGGGCCUGGUUCCAGGAAGUGUUUGGGUCCCCAGAGGCAGUAACAGAGGAGCAGCUUCUUGCGAGAGCCACCGAGGCGGUGCGCUGCCACCUGGGAGUCACCACAGCACCCAGCUGGAGCCUAGUGGCUCUACACAGGGACUGUAUCCCUCAGUAUUAUCUAGGACACUUUUUGAAAGUUGAGUCCAUGCGUAGCUUCAUAAGGGAGAAUAAUCUGCCGCUGUCUCUGACUGGGUCGUCCUACGAUGGCGUGUCGGUCAAUGAUGUCAUCUUUAGUGGACGGACGGCUGUAGAGGAGUUGUUGGGAACUGGAGUUUGAAGGAGCUUGUCACUAUUCAAACAUGUCAACAUACAGCCUCCUGUAUACCAGCAUUUCAAAUCGGAUGCUGUAUGCAUAAAGCACACAUGGAGAGACCAGUUGAUGGACAUGAACACCUGCAGCUUUUCUACCUGAAAUGCCUCCUACUUACCAACAAGCAGACGUCUCAGGUUGUUGCUUGUCGUAUGAGCUUGUGAGGAAAAGUGCAGUCACUGACGUCAGCUGUAGGGGUUUAAACAACUCAAGAUGUGUCUGGAAAACACCAAGACUGCUACAUGACGCGUCUGAAUGUCUCAUGGCCAAGCUGCUUCAGUAUGUGCAUGCAACAGUUGGUCUGCUCAUACCAGGAUUCUAGGCCCUAAUAGAACUGUGCAUCAUUUUAAAGCAGAUGAUUACACAUGUUGUGGUUCUGUAAAUAGAAUUUGCCUACAGAUUUUAAAUUAAAGCCUUAUUGUACUCUUGA